UCCGACGAGCCAUCCAGCCAUGUGUUGUACGUAUGAUGUACUCUCGUAUUCAUUCUAUUACUCUACCGUACAUACCUACGACCACAGUGUUGCGGGAUCCAUCGAAUGCAAUGCACAUGAUCACGCGCGGUACGGAGCGGCGGCUGAGGGAAAUGCAGCGAGAGAGCGAAAUAUUACGGUUGACCUCUCACGUUCCUCCAGCUGGCCAUGGUAUCGUGGCCGUGGUGGUUGUGUUGUGUUGUGGUGGUAGUCGUGGUCGUGGCCGACGUCGACGUCGACGUCCGUGCUCUCCCCUCCUCCCUACUCCUCGGCUUAAGCUUCUGUCAUUUCCCCGCAUCGCUAUCAUUGAGUUUGCGGCCGGCUGGCUGGCUGGUCUGGCCACGAUAUCCACAACUCUCCACCUUCCACAGCAGAAGCAAGCAGCGAACAACAAGCAACAAGCAGCAAGGUGAACCUUUUUUUCCUUCUUCCGCUUCCCCCCUCUGGCAUCGUGAGCCUGGACUCCGCAUGUCCCGGUCAAGAGCUAUCUGUCCAUCAACAUUUCUUUUACGUUCGUGGUUCCGGAUCGGUCCGUCUGGACUUGCUAAAUGCACUCACCCGCAACAACGCCGAGCAUCGUCGCCAGGUAGGUCCUCUUUUCUCCGUCUUCUCCGUCUUCUCCGUCUCUAUCUCUCCAACGCUCUAUUUGCGCCCCCGCCCCGCCCCGCCUUGUCCAGUGGGUCACAGCCCAGCCCGCCAGUGUGUGCUUCUAAGAAGAAGAGAAAAAAAUCGAAGCCAUCCGCCGAACAGACGGACGUUGGGCCUGCUAGUAAGGUCCCUCACCUCACCUUACCUCACCGUACCAGACCCUGCCGUAUCUACCGUUCCUACCCAAACACUCGUUUCCUACAUAACCCUCUCACGACCGGGGAUACGAAAUUUGGGGGCAUGGGACUGGAGACGGCAAGGAUCUGGCAGCCAGCCGGUGGAAGAUUCAUCGAAGAUUCGAUACAGUUGUCUCGCCAUGAGCAAGGUAAGGCAAGGUAAGGCAAGGCCACCAGAAACAAAACGGGCUGGGCGUGGGAGGGGGGAGGGGAGGUUUCGUGGUGGUGGUGG